GGCUUAAUCGAGUUUUAUCCUGAAGGUCUGUAAGCGGAAGUGUAGUAUUUUACCACCUGAAUAAUAAUUUUGCUCUGUGCGUGUGUGAGAAAAGGAAGAAAAGAGGGUCGCUUAUAGAGAAGUGCAGCUGGGUUGGAAGAAGAGUACGAGGUACUUUCAUUAUUAUUGUUCGUACACUCUGCCCGUUUCCACCUCCUUAUCCUGGCGAAAGGUUGAACGCUUAAAAUGGAGGCGGACAGAUCCGGCGGAGGACCAAACCCGAACUCCGGAGGCGGCGGUAGUAGCGGCAGCAGCAGCAGCGGAGCGGGGCGCAACCCAAACGGGCCCAAAGCAGCACCGGGCCAGGCGACAUCAGCUGCGGCGACCGGGGCGAUGGCAGCAGCAGCAGCGGCAGCGGCGGCGGCAGCAGCAGCGGCGGCUGCAGCCGGGGCCAUGCCCGGAUCGUCGCAGAGUCGGGAGCUGCAAGACGGCGACUCGGGUAUGACGCUUCCUGGGAUCCUGCACUUCAUCCAGUACGAGUGGGGACGCUUCCAGGCCGAGAAAUACCGCUGGGAGGCAGAAAGAGACGAACUCAGGGCUCAGGUGGCGUUCCUACAGGGAGAAAGGAAAGGGCAAGAGAAUAUGAAACAGGACCUGGUGAGGCGGAUCAAAAUGCUGGAAUACGCCCUCAAACAAGAGAGGGCUAAGCAUCAGAAGCUGAAGACAGGAAAUGACCAGAGUCCCGGAGACAAGAAACCAGAGACAGAAGCAGACCAACUUCCCAAUGGGCCGGCUGAGUCAGACUCCGAGCCAGCCAAUCAGAUGUCCUGGAAGGAGGGACGUCAGCUACUGCGCAAAUAUCUCGAGGAAGUGGGUUAUUCAGACACCAUCCUGGACAUGCGGUCUAAGCGUGUACGCUCCCUGCUCGGGCGGAGCAGCCCAGAGGCUAACGGGCCUCCACCCAGUGAAACCUGUCCUGAGCCAGAGCCCCGGGCAGGUGGAGAGUCGUUGUUGGUUAGACAGAUAGAGGAACAAAUCAAGAGCCAACAGAACAAGAUGCACAAAAGAUGUCGAAAACGGAGGUCAUCCUCCGUCAUGGGAACAUGGAACGCGGGCAAGGAAAGCUCUAAGGAACGUCUGGGUGGCUCGGUGCUCGAUAAAAUCCCCUUCCUGCACGGCUGUGAGGACGACGAUGAAGAUGACAGCGACGAGGAAGAUGACUUCCAAGGCAUGGCCACAGACUGUAUCGAUGGACCACGCAAGAACAAGAAGUCUCGCGUAAAGAUGGGUUCGGAGCCCAUGACGACAGACCUGGACCCCGAGGAUGAGGAGGACGAAGACGACUCGGAAGAUGCCCUCAGUGAAUUUGACUUCCUGGGCUCGGGGGAGGAUGGGGAGGGGGCGGGAGAGGCCCGGAUCUCGGGGGACGGACGGGAGUUAGAGAACCGCAGGAACAAGUUACAAGGCAUGAUGUCGGACUUCCCCCCUAAACCCACACCGCCCCCCUCUGUAUCGGGACAGGCUCGCUCCGGGGAAGGUGGCGCCCUGGGUUUCUCCUCAGACGUCUUCAUUAUGGAUGCCGUUGGUGGAGGGGACAUGAAUCUGGGGGAACUGGCUGAUCUCACUGUUGCCAAUGACAACGAUCUCUCCAUGGAUAUGCAGGAUAACAGAGAGGAGUUCAAGAAAACAUGGAACCCACGUUUCACACUACGCAGCCACUUUGACGCCAUCCGCGCUUUGACCUUUCACCCCAGCCAAGCGGUGCUGCUCACGGCCUCUGAGGAUGGAACACUAAAACUGUGGAACCUCAACAAAGCCAUGCACUCUAAAAAGAACGCAGCGUUGGACGUUGAGCCCAUCUACACAUUUAGAGCACACAGUGGAGCUGUCCUGUCGUUGACCAUGGGCGAGGACGGAGACUCCUGCUACAGCGGAGGUUUAGAUGGAACUGUCAGAUGUUGGAAGAUGCCAGACCUCAACGUGGAUCCUUACGAUAACUAUGAUCCCGGCAUCGAGAGCAGUGUGCUUGCGGGCCACGAGGACAGCGUGUGGGGUCUAACUUACUCAGCAGUCCAUCAUCGUCUCGCCUCGUGCUCAGCUGAUGGCACGAUUCGCAUCUGGGACCCUCAGAACUCGUCUCCCUGCCUGUCUGUCUUCAACAAGGAGAGAGAGCACGGCACGCCGACUUCAGUGGCCUUUGUGGCCACUGACCCCAACCAGGUGGUGGUAUCAUUUGACGGCGGUGAGACGUUGCUCUACGACCUCAAUACAGAGCAGAGCACCACUGCGCUAGAGACACAGACCAAGGAUGGCAGUGAGCUGAUCAACCGUGUGGUCAGUCACCCAUCUGAGCCCGUUUCCAUCACUGCACAUGAGAACCGCACCAUCCGUUUCCUAGACAACAAGACAGGUAAAGUUGUCCACUCGAUGGUGGCUCACCUUGAUGCAGUCACCUGUCUCACCACAGACCCCAAAGGCACUUACCUCAUCUCUGGCAGCCACGACUGCUCAGUGCGCCUGUGGAUGCUGGACAACAGGACGUGUGUGCAGGAGAUCACGGCGCACAGGAAGAAGCACGACGAGGCCAUUCAUGACGUGGCCUUCCACCCUUCACAGCCCUUCAUUGCCAGCGCCGGCGCAGAUGCACUUGCCAAGAUCUUUGUCUGACAGCACUAUCGUCAUUCUGAGUCCUACAAAAUCAACUGGGCCAAAAGAGACUGAAGACUACAGUGGACAAAUAUCACCUGCUUACACACACACAUACACACACGCACACACACACUUUGUCCUGCACCCCACUGGCUGGGUCACCGCCACAGGACGUCCCUCACCUCCCCUCAAUCUCUCUCACUGUUCUCUGAUGCCUCAGUGACUUGUUGUAAUACUAAUCACACUGCUUUUUUAUAUCUUUAAAAUCCCGGCUGCUCCGUUUUCAGAUAAUCAUGUUUGGAGUAACACUUUUCUACACUACGAUAUUCUGUUGUGCUAUGUUCUGUUUUUAUUUCAGUCUACCGAUUAUUACAAAGCGCCGCGUGUGUGUGUGUGUGUAUUUGUGCGCUUGAACACACUACUCACAUUUCAAAGAGUACCACCAUGGAAACACUCGAACUGCACAGCUCACAUAAAUGCACCACCAUAUAUCAUCUUGCAGAUCUUUUUUUUAAUAUAGUUUACAAACUGCUUGAGGUUAAUAUACACACGUGGGCAUAACAAAAAAAUGGUGACCUUUCCCAGAAAGUGCCGACAGAAAAACACCUGACCAACCUCUUCAUUGGGAAUCAAUGUAUUACAUUCCAAAGACUCCAGGUAGAGUGUGUGUGUGUGUGUGUGUGUGUGUGGUGGUGUAUUUGAGGUUGGAGAAUGUACAGCGUAGGUGUGUAUGUGAGUGUGACAUGAGGAGGCACUAAACAGUCGCUAACCAGUGUUGGAACAAAUAGCUUUAAUUUCAACCUCAUGGCCAAGUCUCAUUGUUUGUCAGAGUAUUAAAGCGUCCCCGUGAUUCUGCCUCUACUUAUGUGUGCGCAUGAGAUUAAAUGUCACUCUGCUGUACAAGAUGAAUGAACACAUUUCCACAAUCAUGAUGCAUUUUUAAUACAGAUUGAGUUUGACUCCGCAGACUGAGGCGCUCGCACCAUAUUAACCAGCUGAAGUGUGAGGCCGGGUCUCUAUGCGCUCAACAAAUGACGCUGAAUGUGUCAUUUGGUGCUUUUUACUGUACAGAAGAGUGUGUGCGCGUGUGUGUCUGUAUAUGCACUAGUUAAAUCACGGUGCUACAAAAUGACCUUGUCAGUCUUGAGUCAGAAUCAGGGACAUGUUUUGUGUAUGUGUGUGUGUGAGAGAGAAAGAGAGACUGUGUUUCUCACUCAUCGGGCUACAGAUCUACAUAGUGUGAAUCGACUUUUUAAAUGACAUUUCAUCGUUGAAUCAUUUCAUUAACUGUGGUCACAUUUCAGAAAUGUAACGGUCACUGUUUUCAUUAGAGGGAUGUGAAUACAGUUAGAGCCGAUGGUGAUUAUAUUACAGCGAGGACCGCCUGAAAAUAGUUUCCUCCGACGAGAGCUGCUUGGAUUGUCUUUUUCAUUUCAUUUUGAAGUCAGUAGGCGGUGCUCAGCGUCUGGCUUGUUGUUAUUUAUUCAGGCUUCUCCCCUCCGAAAAAAAAAA